AUUAAGAGAUCCAGAAUAGGUCAGUCAGUGUGUGCUAAUAAGAUGACAACAUUAAAGUCAAAAGAGUAUUUAAAUUUUUUGGAAUUUCUAAUAAGAUUUAUGAUAACAACAAAAGUAGAUUCUAAAUCGUUAAUUUAUAUAAGGAGUAAGGAGCUAGUUGUUUCAAAAAGUGCUUGGUGGAAAUGCUUGAAGCGAACAGUGUCGCGUGUGAAAGCUUCGUGUAGCAGCUGGUUAUUAUUAAUUAUUAUCUUUAGAGUGCCAGAAAUUUGCGCUUUAAAAAAUAAUUCAUCGACAUUAGCAUCAUCUACGAUAGCAUCAAUGACUUCUCUAACAUAUCAUGCAACAAUGCUUGUGCCAACUGCCAACAUUGUCAAUUCUGUUAAAGAAAAAUUCAUAACAGUUUCUGAAAAGGAUAAAGUCAUUAUGGGAUUGUCAAAAAAUAAUAAUGAGGAUUAUGAUGGUGAGGAUUCCGACGAAGAUGAUGAAGAAGAAAUUUAUGAUUAUAACGACCGACUGAAUUAUUCUGCUAACGGAAUGAUGGUGGGAAGUCAUUGUGAAUAUACAUGUGAUAAACGACUACGACACGUUUUUUGUAAUCCUCGCUCGAAGAAAUGUGAAUGUGAAAAAAAUUAUCCAGUUAGUAUUGCCAAAAAACUAGGCGAACAAUGUUUUUAUGACUUAACAUGCCUGCAUAAUGAUGAAAAUUCCGUUUGCAUGCAAAUAAAUCACAAUGCAAUAUGUGAUUGCAAAGAAGGCUAUCAUAUUGUCACACAUUUAAAGCCCACAAAACGAACGUUUUGUACUCAAGAUUCAAUAUCACCAGAUUUGCCUACAUUGCUUGGCGUUAGCACGGGAAUUUUUGUUUUAGCUGGUUUAAUAUGCAUGGUUUUGCAUCUAUUUAGUAAGACAAAAUAUCCUCGUACACGUAAUUUUGCGGAUGCUCAUCAUGCGGGACCACCAGUCUUUUUUGCGAGUGAUACAGGAAUUCCAUUGACAAUACAAUCAAAUCGACCAUCAUCGAGAUCGAGUCAGCGCUCAACUGGAUCAAUUGGAUCAACGAGAUCAUUUACGAGGCGCUCGUCUGGAAUAUUACAUUCAAAAGGCGUUAAUGUGUCGCAGUCACGUCAAGGUAGCGCACGAAGUGCAGCAAUUCUCCUUUAUUCAUAUCACUUGACGCAAUUAAAUGCUCUCAAUGAUAAAUCAUCCUCACAAAUUAAUAAUAAUAAUAAUUCUAAUGCUAAAGCUAAUAAUUUAAAUAACAUUAACAUAUGUAGUCAAAAUUACUCAAAUCACUUUAUGGCCAAAUACAUUGAGCAGCAGUUAGAAGAUCAAAAACGUCUGCUGUAUUUGGAAAUUCCCGCUUUAAAAAAUCACAAUAGUUUGAUGAGAAAAUUACGGCUUAAUCUCAAGUCAGAGUCUGAUUUGAGUCAACUCGAUACAUAUGAACACGCUCAACAUUUAAUUGGCAAUAAUCCACUGCACAGAAAAUUGCACCGAAAAUUAUUUAAGAGAACGACAACAAUCGAUGAUAAUGAUAGAUUCAAUAAUGAUAAGGCUGAGGUGGAUGAGAGAUCAGGUGUUGCGAAUGAUUUGUUUCCAAAUAAGAGCACCGAUAAUGUUGAUUUAAAUGGUAGUUCGGAAAGCAGGAUACAUAAUAUUAGUUUACGUACAAAUCCUUCCACGACAGAUGGGGGCUAUACAAAUCCAAUGGCAUUUAGUAGCUUCGAUGACUUGGACGAUCAGUCGAGUGACUACGACAGUGACAAUGAUGAGCGAAAGGAUUAUCAUCGAACAUUUCUUUUUGGUAAUCAGGAAAUAAUAAUUGCGGCAUUACCAACACCUGCUUCAGAGGGCCCAUCAAUUGCGAUUACCUCACUCGUAGUAACAGAGUGCACCCAACAAUCAGACAAAAAAUUUAAGAAAGGUGGUAGCAGAAGACCAAGCUUAGCAAGCGUUCACAGCACGACCUCAUCAAUUCGAAGCUACUCUAGUCGACGGUUUGAGCAAGAAGUACGUGACAAGGAGCUGAGGCAAGAAAUGAAGAAACAAUUAUGUCGAUUACAAGAGCAACAACAGCUUCAAAAGCUUCGACCAACAAUCAUAAUUGGUGAUUCCGUACCUUAUACAAUUCAGACAAAGCAGUCACCACACAUUUUGACCCCAAAUUCAACGGAUGAAUUAUUGCCAUCAGUUGAGGAAAAUGAUGAGUUUUCACCACAAUUCGAUCGGAAGAAUCCAUGAUGAAUGUGCACUUGGCUUACGGAGCCGUUAAACUAAUGAUAAAAUGCUGCUACAAAAGUAAAAAAAAUGAAGAUUAAGAAAAUAAAUUGUGAAUUUAUUUAAAUAUCGACUUCCGUUAAAUUAGAUCGCAUAUUAAAUGUUCUCUUUUCUGCGAACAAUUGUUGAAUGUUUAUAUUGCAUAAAUAAUUAAGCAUUAAAACUAUGAUAAAUUAUAAGUAGAGUUUAAUAAGAGAAACAAACAAACAAUUAGAAGAAAAUGGAAUGAAAAAAAAUCAUGGAUGGCGUAAAUCAUGAUUCAAAAAGCUGAAUGACAUGGGACUGAAGUUGAUUGAGAUCACUAAGGAUGAAUUCAUUAAAAGAUGGAAAUAUAUUUGAUAUUAAGGAAUUAAGAGAUUAGAGAGAGAUAUUCUGAAUUCUUAGGGAUGUUUUCUUUAGAAUUGCAUUAUGGGCAUAAUGAAAAAUUAAGAACCUACAAUAUUUGAAUUUAGAUCGCUUUAUUUUAAACUUUAAGUGACCAAAAUUGAAAAAUCAAAAGUAUAAAAAAUUUCAGAACUUAUUUCCAAUUUUUAAAAAUUGGUUUUUAGAUAUUGUACUCUAAAGAUAGCAUUGCAACAUAAGAAAUAACUUAAUAAACG